AUGCCACCGGCAGCCUCGGACGAUUUGUUUCGCCAACAGAGCCGGUCCCUAGGUGACAAUAACAUACUUUCUGAAGAUCCCAGUCCAGUGACUUUGGAGCAUGAUCUCGGUGGAAAAACCAAGAAAAAGGGGAAAACCGGAUCCAAGGCGAAGGCUAAAGCCGCUAAAGCAGCCUUGAAAUCCCCACCUGACGACCUGCUAGAAGCAUCACCGCCCCUGCAGGCCGAACCGUCAUCUUGCCCCAACCCGACACUAGAGCUGCCUCCUGGUGACAACAUCGUGUCACCGGUACUCGAUGCCCUUGGCACUCUAGGGGACACCCCGGAAAACGACAUCGCCUACCGCACCGAUAGUUGGACAAAGUCCAUUCCCUUUGGGAAAAGCCCGCCGAUUGAUGUUGUUGAUGGCGAAUUCGACAGCGGGUCCCCAUUUGGUUUUCUCACCAGCCAGGACAAAGGCGGGUUCAGUCAUUCCUCUUCGUCCCCUCCUCCCAGGGCAAGGCCCUUGAGUUAUGGGCAUGGAUACGCCAACAGCAGUGUAUCUCGACAGCAGUCUGCAGAUCGACAAAAGAGCCAAUCACUUAGCAGCCCUUUCAACAACCAAGUGCCCCUGCCACAUCUGCCACAGGCCCAUUUCUAUGGAGCGCCUGAGAUCGACUUACCUUCGCUUUCUGGUCAGAACGGAUCAGCAACGGAUGGUAGCUAUUCGUUCCGUGCUUUUGACACAAUUGUCAGCCCGUCAUCCAAAGCCUCGAGGAUGGGGAGUAGUGUUAUGCUGGCUGGCACGGAUGGCGGCUUGGAUAUCCUUGCCAUCGAAGAUCGCAAAACGCGUCCUAUAGGAAAAUUGGCUGGCCUAAAUGGCCGCGUCAUUGAAGCAAAGUUGCUGAGCAGUUCUUCAACGGAUGAUCCAUUUUUAUCAUCCAGACCCCAUGUCGCCGUCAUCGUCCACGGCCCCUCUUCUCAGCCCGAUGAUGAGGGCCAGGCAUCUUCCGAUAAUUCAGAAGCCAACGAAAUUCCUGCUGGCAGACAGUCCGCCGCUGGAGGGCGUACUACUAAAGAGGAGACUAGGUAUUACCAGACACGGGUCGAGGUCUAUUCACUGAGAACGGGAGAGCACAUAACAACGCUUUUGUCGACCCCACCCAGCCCGUGCUUUGGUAACCUACCCGGCCUCCCUGCCUUGGCUCCGUCACCAGCUGGGAACUUAAAGCUAUUUGUCAGCGGCAGCUACGUUGUAGUGGCGUCUGGCUCUAGCGGUGAGGUAUAUAUGUAUGGCAUGAGCAAGUAUCAAUGUCUAGGGAAGACGUGGACCAGUAUCAAGUCGAAGGAAUCUCGGCGAUACUCUACAUCCUCGAGCUCCACCGAUCCAGAUGGAUCUCAGUCUGAUUCUCCUCAUGGAUCUCUCAACUCCGAUAACCCGAUUGUCACGUUGAAGGGGAGAUGGCUAGCUAUAGUCCCACCGUCGGCCACUUAUAGGGCUACUCUCCACGGGACAGUCCCGACAUCCUUGUUGCAAGGCAAGGCUUACGGACUCGAGACUCGAAGCCCACCGUCGCGGCCAACAGUAAACUGCGCUACAGACGUCGGCGAGGGCGAAAGCUUCUUCGGCAAGGUAGCCCGGGGUGUCACCCAAGAGCUCAUGCGAGGCGCACGCUGGAUGGGUGACCAGGGACUACAGGCAUGGAACAGCUACUGGAAUAAGGAGCAGUCACAGAGCAUGCCAGCACGCCGACCUUCUAAUCUGAUGGACUUUUCUCCACAGGGUUACAAUCUCUUCCCCCCCACACAUGCCCAAGAAACGCAAGCUGUGUCGGCUACUGAGCCUGAUCUGGUAUCGAUCUUUGACCUGCGGAGGCUUGACGAAGGCGGGGAAGCCAAAAGUGCCUUAUUCAACCCGGUGGCCACUUUCCAGGUGCCAAAUGGCUGCAGCUUCCUUUCUUUCUCUCCUAACGGCCUCAUGCUGUUUACGGCGAGCAAGAAGGGAGAUGUUCAGUAUGUGUGGGAUCUUAUGCAGGCCAAAUACUGCCGGGCAGGUGCUUUCAUGUCUGAUGACCCAGCCGCUGCUCAGCCGAGCGUGCGACAGAUUGCCCGGUACCCGCGGUUGACUACGUCCCACAUCGUUGACGUGGUUUGGUGCCCUCCUUCCGGGGACAAGCUAGCAGUGAUCACGGGAAAGCCGACGGUACAUGUGUUUGACCUGCCACGAAGCGCCUUCCAAUGGCCUCCGUUCCGUCGGUCUCGGCCACAGCCCAAAGCCCACACCCCCGAUGUCCCUGCUGAAGAGCUCCCGGAUCGGGUGGCGGCCGCAAAUCCCCUGUCAGCAGCCUUCAAGAUGGUCGGCGGUAAGACGCAGCCAAUCCUUGCUGCAGUCAGGAGCCGUACGCCAUCCACCGGGACUGCUUUCCCCUCCGUCGGUGGCUUUGCCAUACCAGCUGCCGCUGGCGUGAGUGGUAAGGCAGUCGCUGCUGGCCUUAGCAAGUCCAUGGGAGCCGCUGCCACCGGCACUGUCAAGACGGUCAACACCUUCCGACACGGUGGCGAGCACCGUCUGCACCUGUCCAAUCUCUCCCGGGAUCCUGUUGCCUCUCGUGUGACGUGGAUCACCCACAAAGGUAUGCCGUUCUUGGGCUUGAUCGAUGGGGGGUAUUUCCGUCUGUAUAGAGUCAAACGCUCUACCUCCGCCAGCAAGAAUCGACAGGUGCAGUCGGUGAUUGGGAACAAAGAACUUGAGUUCCGCUUGCCUCCUCAGAUGCAGACCCCUUGCGGCUCCAUGACCGUGGGUACCUCCGGCCCAGAACCAACCGUGUCUGCAACGUUGGCUCUGCCGUCCUCGAAUCUGCGACUGCCGCCGGCAUCGAAGCUGAAAUGCCAGCCGCUUUCCCAGGCAGAGAUUGAGACAAACACACCGUACCAGCCCUUCCAUACUGAUCAGAGGGUAAACCUCUUCGUGUUUUCCGAGGCGGAUGACACCGUGACCUCGGUCCCGACCGGUCAGUGGGCGUUUGGCGGUCCUAUGUCGACCACGAAGCUUCAUGUCCGUCCUUUCAGUGCCAGCAGUGAAGAGGAUGACGAUGAUAUGGUGCAUGAACAGCACGCGGGCUUUGGGGCUGAGAUGGAGAAUCUGAUCAGCAUGGGAAAUAGUACGGGCAAUGUGGAAGAGGUGGUUAUCACCACGCGCAGGAAGAAGAAGCCAUCCUCGGCACUAUCCAUGGGGGGUGUUGAUGAUGGCUUCUUCGAGGACGACUGUGAAGUGUUGGACUUUGCGCGGGACCGAGUCUAG